AUGACCGAGGCCGAGACGGAGGAGAAGGACUCGCAGGCGGACUAUGACAAGACGAUCGCGGGCGCGAAGGACAAGCGGAUGACCGACUCCAAGGCGCUAACGUCCAAGGCCGCCGAGAAGGCAGAUUUGGAGAGCGACCUGCAGGCGGCCAAGGGCGACAGCGCCAGCACGGCCAAGGCGCUCAUGGCAACGGACAAGUACCUCUCCCAACUCCAUGCCGAAUGCGAUUGGCUCAUCCAGGCACGGUGGCGGAUUUCGAUGCAAGGGAGGAGGCGCGCAGUGGGGAGAUCGACGCGCUCGGACAGGCCAAGGCUGUGCUGA